UUAAUCUAAUCAUUUGUUCCCUACAGUUGGUGUGGAUAUUUAUGCGCAUAGAUAGAUGGCUUGUUUUCUGUUAACAAUGGAAAAAAGUCUGCUCGGACCAACAGACACAUAAUUAUACUCGCCCUCUUGCCAGGUAGGAUCUCAAUUGAAUUGUUGGCAUACUAUAUAUGUUGUGGAAGAGGAAGAGAAAGAUUUUGGUCCAUUACAGAUAGACAAGAUGGGUUCCUUUGCUACAUGGUUUCGAUAUAUCAUUCACAAAGUUCAAUACUCUGUGUCUCUCAGUUGGAAGAACUAUAAAAUAGGUGAAAUUACAGACAAGCAAGUGAACGAAAAUGUAUUUAAGAAUGUUUUCCAAGGAAAGUUGACAUAUUUGCAUUAUAGCAAAGGGGAAGAGAUGGCACCUACUGUGUCAAGCCAUGGUGGGACUCUGCUUGUUCGAAGAUUACCUACUGUAGAUCCAAAGACAGUGUUUGUUGGUGAUGUGGUUGCAUUGAAGGAUCCUCAGAAUCCAGAUAAUUCCAUUGUCCGGAGAUUAGCUGCAGUAGAAGGAGAAGAAAUGUUGUCAACUGAUGAGAAAGAAGAGCCCUUCUUUCUAGAAAAGGAUCAAUGCUGGGUGAUUUCUGAUAACGAAUCUUUAAGCCCUAAGGUAGCGGAUGCUUGUGAUAGUCGAAUAUUUGGACCAGUGCCUAUGAGUAACAUUUUGGGCAGGGUGAUCUACUGCUUGCGCUCCUCUGUGGACCAUGGUCCAAUAAUAAACAGUUUGUCCCUGUCUGACCAUACAAAAGAAAGUCCUUUUUUUGCAGUGAUGUUGCUAUGCAGAAAGACUCUCCAGUCCUGGCUAUGGAGCUUGAUGUUGAUGAGAUGGCAAGGAACCCCAGGACAUGAAGUUUAUUCAUUGAUAUCAAUCAGAUUAAUCUGUUGACAUAUAUUAUAAAGCAACUGAUUUGUGGGGACAUAGGCAAUUGUUGUCUGUUGGUAUGCAAGAUAAAAACAGAAGUAUGGAAGCUCAUGAUGAUACAUGAUUCUGCUUGGCUACAGUUUUUGGUGAAUGCUGAAAUAAUGAUAUUUUUUCACGUAAAAAGAUUUAUUUCUUAGCUUGCAGCUAUAUUCUAAACCAUUUUGAUCUCCAGAAAAUGAACUGUCAAAAUUCAGUGUUGGUUAAGCCACAAGGAAAUACUGUAUAGUACUGUCUAGGCAAAUGAUAAUAUAUGGUAUAUGGUCAUCAAGCCAUAUUAUCUGAGUUUCUGAGAACAUAAUCAAACUAAGAUGUGAUAAUAAUUGACUCUGUUUGAUGUACAGGUGAGAGUCGAGACACAAUGCUCAAGGAGCACAAUGCUAUUAAUUCCUUUUUAUCUUCUCA